CUCGAAAUUCUUCGACAGAGGUGCGCACGCGACCUCUCGAAGCCCACAGAUACAAGCUCCUUGUUCUAAAUGUUGCUUACAAUUCCUCAGAUUGUCGCAGCAGUUUCUGCUGUUGUCUCUGCGUUCCACGGUGGAUCAGAGCUCCUCAAGCUUGUCAAGCAAAAACGCCGCGCUCGUAAAGCCCGCGAUCAAGGUCAGCAAGAAUGGGAAGAGGAGCAGCUACAAGCUUCUCUCAUCGCUGGAGAACAGCAGAUCGAUCUGAGAUAUAAGCAAGACCAGAGAGAGCUGGGUGAUUAUGUGCGCAUUGGAGAUUAUACCGCCAGAGAACGUCUCUUACAUAUAGGAGUUAUGCUGCAGGCCGAGAUCAUCAAUAGCUUAAAGCAAGCCGCUACGAACGAAGUUUGUGUGCUCAAUCUGCAUGUUCUCCACGAAGCCUCCAUUACGAACCGAAAAGAGACUCUAACGACGUUGGACGAGCUGAAGCAGAGAAUAUACAUAGCAAAGACGAUGGUGCGACCAUUGAGGGCGGCCAGUGAGGACUAUAGGGACGCGUCAAGUGGAUUGAGGCAGACCAGGAUACGCUCACUGCCAGAAAACUAUUCGGCGGCAAGCUUCUCGCCACAGGACAACCCUGGGUAUUCUAUGCACCAUCUGCCUGACUAUUGCCGGCCCCACGAUGCUAGAGACACGCCGAGAACGUCUCGACUGCCCUAUACACUUGCACAUGCUGCAGAUCCAGGCUUCAAUCAAGCUCUCGACAGGCUUCGACCUGACGACCGUGCAUCAAUUAUGAAAGAUAUUCAGCACAUGAUAAGCUCUUAUCAAGGACUCAGCGUCGAAAAUGGAUCGAGACUACCAAAAGACCACAGGCAGAGCGGUGGUCAUCCCGCUCGGCGAGAUACGCUGACCAUGCUUAACGACCGAGACGCAUAUACUGAAUCAAUGCAAGGGCUGGAUCGAAGCCUGAAUAAGCAUUUCCAUGACUCAACGUCGACAUCCGGUCAAGUGAAUACCGUCAGGCCGACAAAGGAGCAGCAUGUCUACAACCAACCGUAUCCCGCAAUCAACCCAUAUCACCAGACAGGAACGCAGACACUACAUCCCCGAUGGUCUGAUACCUCUAGCUCUGUGCAGUCUAAUGCGGCUUCUCUUGGCCGCAAAAGCUCCAGUUCGUCGCAAGAUGAUCAUGCCCGCCCUCCCGUAGCAUCAUAUGAUCAAUACGAUGAGACUCGUAGUGCUCCGCCAUACAGUUCCCCCUAUAUGGCUACAGAAGACAGAUAUACACCUUCUCCCAUUGCACCGCUGGCACCUUUACGGACUCAAUCUCACGCGCCGCACAACACUACAUCGAAGAAUGACGCCAAUGCACCAACCCACAUACCUUGGCCUGGAUCGCAACCGCAACGAGAUCCUUCUCCUUCACUACAACAUGCAUCAUCUGUACCGUAUACGCAGUCACAGCAAUAUACUGUGCCAGCUAAAGGACACUCUGCCGACGUCAGACAGUCAGUAAACCCUCAGCAUUACAUAUCAACUCCGACAGAACGUGGCAUACCCAGUCAACGCAGCAACAACGACCAUCAAGCGGCUGCGAAUAGUAACCCAACAGCAGCCGCUACUUCCUUGAUGCCAGGUUCUCCAGUUACAAGCCGAUCUCGGCACGCUAGUUUUACGCCCUCUGUCGCCUCGACCGACAGCAGCAGCUCUAUUCCGAUUGGCAUCCUUCCAGGCCGCCUGAUGCGCAACAACAUUAGAUCCGAUACUAUUCAAAGCGGACCGGCAGGUGGUGAAAGGAUGAUGAACGGCCGCGCUAACAAAGACAACGACUACUGGGGCUUCUGCAAGGGCGCCUGGGCUGUCAGAGAAGACCUUAAGAAAGGUAUCACUGUCCGCACUCAGCCCUCCGGCUACUACAACACAAGGCAGAUUUGGGGGUGUAAGCAUUGUACAUUCACGGGCGACGUCUUCACGAAGCCGCACCCCACGAAAAAGAACAGGACUGUUGAGAUAGUGGACCCGCGCGUCAAGACUUCCAUGUCCGGGAUACGGUAUCGGUGGAUAUUUCUCGCUAAGUCACACGUAAAGAAGAAGGCAGCAGAACCUAGCUCAAACGAUGACAACUUCGGCUGCCUGCUUUGCUCAGGCCAGGAUAAGGUCACGGGCGUUUACGGUGGUGUGGAAACACUUAUGAACCAUAUCGCACUCACGCAUGUGGCGGACAUGAGCGAGCAGGCACAAAAGAAAGCCAAUUGUAUUCUGGGCAGAGUAGCGGGCUAUGACGAAGACUUUGACAUCAACAUACCGAUUUUCAAAGAGGCCGAACUUGCUGGCUGAGCAAAUAUAACGGUGCUUCGAGUCUGAGCAGGAGCAGGGGGGAACGGCGUUGCGGAGUAGUAUUUGUGGAUACCCUUGCUUUCGUGUGCUAUGUUGUAACAUAAAGCCCUCCACGGGGAUCUUCAUUGAUCUGUCAUACAAGCGAAGCAC